CUACCCUGGGCAGCUCUUUGUCCAUUCUGUCCUCCUGCCUGGGAGAACAGGACAUCUCCUUGAUUAGGCCUGAAGUCCCCUACACCAUCAGCCUCUCCUCAGGAUGGAUGUAGGACCCAGCUGCCAGCCCCAACAUGGACUCUACCUGCUGCUGCUUCUGCUGGCUUUGCCAUUCAGGGGCCAGGCCAGCACCAGCUGCUAUGGAAUCCCAGGGAUACCAGGCCUGCCGGGGACUCCUGGGAAGGAUGGGCAUGAUGGACUCCCGGGGCUGAAGGGUGAGCCAGGAAUCCCAGCCAUCCCCGGGACACGAGGACCCAAGGGUCAGAAGGGCGAGCCUGGCUUGCCUGGCCAUCGUGGGAAAAAUGGCCCCAUGGGGACCUUCGGGUUGCCAGGGGAUCCAGGCCCCAUGGGACCCCGUGGGGAACCAGGUGAGGAGGGCCGGUACAAGCAGAAGCACCAGUCGGUGUUCACCGUCACCCGGCAGACCUCCCAGUACCCAGCGGCCAAUGGCCUGGUCAAGUUCAACUCUGUCAUCACCAACCCCCAGGGGGACUAUGACACCAGCACAGGGAAGUUCACCUGCAAAGUGCCCGGCCUCUACUACUUCGUCUACCACGUGUCACUGACGGCCAACCUGUGCGUGCAGCUGUACCACAACCAUGCCAAGGUGACCAGCUUCUGCGACCACAUGGCCAAUAUCAAGCAGGUCAGCUCGGGAGGAGUUCUGCUGCGGCAGCAGAGGGGCGAUGAGGUGUGGCUGGAAGUUAACGACUACAACGGCAUGGUGGGCACUGAGGGCUCGGACAGCGUCUUCUCGGGCUUCCUGCUCUUUCCCGACUAGAGUGGCAGGCAGGCUCCAGCCCCCAGCCCCCCACCUCACUUCCUCGGCUUCCUCCAUCCUCACUCAGACCCUUCCACGCUGCUGACCUCUUCCUCCAGGAGAUCUGCCUGGGUCCUGACCCAGCUUCUUCAGGAACCGCCUACUGAUACCAUUCCUGUGGCAGUUUACCUUGAGACGGUUUUCAGGUGGGGAGAUACAUAAAUAAAAAGGUCACGAAAUAUGUGUGGCCCGGAUUUCUCACUGGAAGGCCUUGAACUUGGGUUGUACAGUUUUGCAUCUGUGAGUUCGUCCUGAGUGAAGGGAUGAUUGGGGGUGAACUAAGGAAUGCUGACGUGGGCAGGUUAACGACUGAAAAACGAACAAAUGAAUGAGCCCAUAGAAACCCAUAGUAGCUAGUGUGCAAGUCCUUCUCAGUGCCUAAUAUUCCCACUCCCGCUUUGAGAUGAACAUGGACACGUGGGUAGCAGAGAGGAGCACACCCUGACAGCAGGCACACAGAGUCUAGGAGCCGCAGGAAGCUCUCUAAAACAUGGCUGCCCUUAAGCUGUCAAGUUUGAUCUAUAAAAUUUCUGAUGUCAGGGGCUGGCCACCGCAGUCUUCAGAGGACCACGGAGGCCUCUGGGGGUACCUGACUUCAGAAAAUGCAAAGUGCAAUAGUCAGGCUAGAGGAGAUGGCUCAAUGGUUAAGAGUGCUUGCUAUCUGUGCAGACGGCCGGAGUUUGGCUCCCAGCAUUCCCAUCAGGCAGCUCACAACUGCUUCGGACUCCAAAGGGUCUGAUGUCCUCUUCAGCACUCCACAGGCACCUGUACUCAUAGUAUACAUAACCCCCUGACACACACACCACUUAAAAAAAAUUACAACGAGGGCUGGAGAGAUGGCUCAUCAGUUAAGAGCAUUGCCUGCUCUUCCAAAGGUCCUGAGUUCAAUUCCCAGCAACCACAUGGUAGCACACAGCCAUCUGUAAUGAGGUCUGGUGCCCUCUUCAGGCAUGCACGCAGAUAGAAUAUUGUAUCCAUAAUAAAUAAAUAUUUAAAAAAAAAUUACAAAGAGCAACUGUCUGGGGCAGAGGUAUGAGGGAGGCCUCCCCGUCUUGGAGAAGCAGUCCCAGUCAGCUGGGCUCUCAGCCUGACACAGGAGGCUCACAAGGACACAGCUUAGCCUGCAUC